AUGCUUUGGAGGACGAAGUCCCACCACAGCCAGGCGUCUGAGCAGGAUGCCUCGCUCACUCGCACCGCAUCCGCCUCGAAGAAUGACCCGUCCGCAUCCGCGACUCAAGCGGCGGGCACCGCCUGGCUGGCCGGCCACUUGAACCACCUUACUCCCGAACAAGAGGAGAGACUGACGGAGUUCAAGGCACUCUGCGCCGAGCGAGAGUACUACACACCUGCUGUGGAACAGGCCGAGGGAGUCGAAGCAAAACCCGCGAGCCAUGAUGAUGCGACUAUGCUGCGUUUUCUACGGGCCCGCAAGUUCGACGUCGAGGGUGCAUGGGGUCAAUUCAAGGAUACUGAGGAGUGGCGCCGGGAAAAUGCUAUCGAGUCGCUGUACGAGAAUAUUGGUGUCGACUCCUACGAGGCGGCGCGACGAAUGUAUCCCCAGUGGACUGGCCGGCGUGAUCGCCGCGGUAUCCCUGUCUACGUCUUUGAGAUCCGUCACUUGAACUCCAAGGAAAUGGCUGCUUACAAUUCGACCAUGUCCACGGGUACCCCGGACACGCACAAGUCAUCCUCUGUCCCGGCCCGUUUACUGAACCUGUUCGCCCUGUACGAGAACUUGCUCAACUUUGUCAUGCCACUCUGCUCGUCCUUGUCGCGGCCGAACCCCGAGACCCCGAUCGUGACUUCCACCAAUAUCGUCGAUGUUAGUGGUGUCGGCCUGAAGCAGUUCUGGAACCUGAAGAGUCAUAUGCAGGAUGCCAGCGUGCUCGCGACGGCACACUACCCGGAGACGCUGGAUCGGAUCUUUAUUAUUGGUGCCCCGGGAUUCUUCCCUACCGUUUGGGGCUGGAUCAAGCGCUGGUUCGAUCCGGUGACUACCUCGAAGAUUUUCAUCUUGUCGGCAGCAGAGGUGAAGCCCACUCUCACCUCAUUUAUGGACCCAUCCAGCUUCCCUAAGCAGUAUGGUGGCGAGCUCGAAUGGCAGUGGGGCGAUAUGCCUAACCUGGACGAGUCCGCACGAGCUCUGCUGACGAAUCUGGAGCAACCGGCCGCCGAGGGCAAGACAAAACCGGAGAUUCUGAAGGGCCCGAUGUUGUUCAAGGGUGAUACCAUCGAGGUCCUGGGCACAGAAGAUGGCAAAGACCGCCGGGCGACCAUCGCGGUCCCGAAGCAGGAGCUCCAGGAGCAUUCCACUCCGGAGUUACCUGCCAAUGGUUCUGCCGAAUCAGUGAAGGAGGGGGAGUCCACAAAGCCCGUUCCCAAUGGCGAUGCUGAGCCCGCGCCCGCGCCCGCACCUGAGAACGAGAAGACUGGCAUUGAUAGCGUGGCAGUCAAUGUCAACCAGGUGACUAGCGAAGAGACCCAGACCACUACCGUCGCCGCAUAG